ACAAAAACUGAAUUUAAUUUAAAAUAUAAAAUUUAUUUUAAUUUUAAUGUUAUAUUUAAUUAAACUGAAUUUUCUUAUCUGUAAGAAAAUAAGAAAAUCUACAAUAUUAAUAAAAAUAAAUUUUUAAAUUUUUAUAAAAAUUAUAGUGUAGGAAAACACCUAGUAAAAUAUUAAAAAAAGUCAGCCAAAAUAAAUCUUAUAAAGUGUUUUUUUUUUUGAACUGAUCUUAUAAAGUGUUGAAUGCACCCUUUCUCAUCUAUAAAAGAAUACACGAUAUUUUUAGUACAUUGGAUAAUAGUUAUAUACAAAAGUGGAGAUUUUGUCAAUCUCACUUGUUGGUGGUAUCUUUUCUUUAUAAAGAUUAUUACUACAAUCAUCUUUUGUUUUUAGUGGAAAAUUGGUAAUAUAUUAGUCUUUUUUAUACGACUAUAGUAUUAGAGUGUCUCUUUGAGGGCAGUUUGGAUGUAUCUGUCUCACUUGUUGAAAUAUAUUACAUGCGUUUGCGACACAGACAUGUGUACGUAUUUCGUAUUACGUACCCCUUUAAUAGUAGUUGUCUAGAGUUGGUUGACAACAAAAAACAAAAAAAGAGCUAGUAUUAUGAUAUUAUCCAACUAGUGAGACUGCAACAUCCAAACUACCAUUUAAAAAAAAGAAAGACAACACUCUUAUACAAAGACUAAUAACCAAAAAGAUUACAACAUUAAAUCAGUUAGUCAGUUACAUCGUUGCUUUGGCAGUUGACAACUGUUCUCUCUCUCUCUCUCUCUCUCUCUCUCUCUCUCUCUCUCUCUCUCUCUCUCUCUCUCUCUCUCUCUCUCUCUCUCUCUCUCUCUCUCUCUCUCUCUCUCUCUCUCUCUCUCUCUCUCUCUCUCUCUCUCUCUCUCUCUCCCCUUCAACCAAGAGAAAUAAUGGUUAAUGUUUCUAAUGGUCAUGAGUCAACUUCCAGCAACAAAAGGUACAGACGGUCGCAGAGAGUCAUAAACGUCCCUUGUUUCCCUGUAUUUACCGGACGGGGUCAAAACCAAAACUUGGAAAAUCACGAGGAAGCUUAUUUGGAGCCCGGUGAAAUCGAAGAGAACCGAGAAGAAUGGGUGAUCGCGAUCAAAGACAAGAUGAAGCAAACACUUAGAGAGGACGCUACAACAAGCUGGGAUAAGCUCUGUAUCUACAGAGUUCCACAUUACCUACAAGAAAACGACAAGAAGUCCUACUUCCCUCAAACGGUCUCGCUUGGACCAUACCAUCAUGGAAAAAUACAUCUCAUGCCCAUGGAGCAUCACAAAUGGCGUGCGGUGAAUAAGGUCAUGAAACGUAACAAGCAACAGAUUGAAAUGUACAUUGACGCCAUGAAACAGCUCGAGGAGAAGUCUCGUGCUUGUUACCAAGGUGCCAUUUAUAUGAGUAGUAAUAAGUUCACACAAAUGCUUGUUCUCGAUGGCUGUUUUGUUCUUGAGCUCUUCAGGGGAACCGUUGACGGAUUCCCGGAAAUCGGAUAUGAACUUAAUGACCCGGUUUUUGCUAUGCGAGGAUUGAUGCAUUCUAUUCAACGUGACAUGAUAAUGUUGGAAAAUCAACUUCCUUUGUUCGUUCUUAACCGGUUAUUAGGGCUACAGUCGGAUACACAGAACCAAACCGGUAUAGUGGCUGAAGUAGCUGUUCGAUUCUUCAAACCACUAAUGCCGACGAGCAAGGCAGUGACUGAAAGGGACCAGUUAAAACUCAUGAACUGGCGGAGAAAAUUGGUUGACAAUGGCGAGCUCCAUUGUUUGGAUGUUUUUCAUGGAAGUAUCUUCCGGACCUUCCAGUCUAGUACUCGGACACCGUAUCAGACAACUAGACGGUAUAUGUCGUUUCGGAAUAUGAGCAUGGUGGACAAACGACAACAACAACUGAUACAUUGUGUGACAGAACUGAGGGAAGCUGGUGUUAAAUUCAGGAGGAAAAAGACCAACGAGCUUUGGGAUAUUGGAUUCAAAAACGGUUAUCUAGAGAUACCCAAACUACUAAUCCAUGAUGGUACCAAGUCUCUCUUCUCAAAUCUUAUAGCUUUUGAGCAAUGUCAUAUCCAGUCGAGCCACAACAUAACAUCUUACAUAAUCUUCAUGGAUAAUCUAAUAAACUCUUCUGAAGAUGUUAGCUACUUGCACCACUGUGGUAUCAUUGAGCAUUGGCUAGGGAGUGAUUCCGAAGUUGCAGAUUUGUUCAACCGGUUAUGUAAAGAAGUGGUUUUUGAUCCACAAGAUAGUUACCUAUCUCAACUUUCCAGUGAAGUUAACCGUUAUUAUAGUCGUAAGUGGAAUUCUCUAAAGGCUACCUUACGACACAAAUACUUCAAUAACCCUUGGGCAUAUUUCUCCUUUUUUGCUGCAGUUACUCUGCUAGUUUUCACAUUUUCUCAGAGUUUUUAUGCUAUUUAUGCAUAUUAUAAACCACCACCAAAGAGCUAGCUACGGGCGUAUUUCUCACAUUUUCCUAAGAGUAUUCUCAGACACCAGUAUAUAUAUAUUCUGUUCGAACCUCCAAAGUGCAACGAAGGCGUGUGUGGAUAGCAUAUUAUAAAUUGUUGUUACAGAACUCUGGCUCCUUAAUUCGUAUGUCGCUCGAGGUUAUCCUCGCUGGCUAUAGGAUUAGGAUCUCUUUGACAAGGAAAAUGAUUAUCAUAUGUAAUAAAUAAUAUGUAGUGUUUGAAUAUUCAGUAUCACACUAUGGAAAAGAAAAGAAAAUACAUUUUUAACGUCUAAUUAAUUAUUCUAUUACAAUACAUAAACGAUUCUACAGCCGGCAAUUCUACCACCAUAUGAUAAUGCACGUCUGACUGCAUCAUUCCGAGCUACCCUGUGAGAUCCAUGUUCGAUGAUUUUGAAAACCUCUUAUAAUCUCUUUUCUCCAUAAUCUGCAUAAUUUGUGUUUUCUGGGGUUUGAACCCCAUAUCUCCUGGUGUACAAGCAUUAAUAAACCCUUAGUCAAACCAUUGAACUAAAGGGGAUUCCACAAAAAAAAUAUGUUUCAUUGAUCUUUUUCAUUCAAUUUUAGUAUUACUAGUUCAGAGAAUUUGUAAAAUACGACUCAAAACUUGAUUUUGAUCUCAAAAGUAUACCCAAACUUGAAUCAAAUGCAAAAAUAACCCAAAUGCCUAGUGAAAUUACAAUCAGCCCCUUAUAACUAAACAAAAAACAAUAAUUUAUUUUUAUGAAUAUAAUCUCGUAAAGUUUUAUGAGGUCUUGUAAGUCUUCAGAGGUUCUAUAAGUCUUCUGGAAAACUUUCAGAAAGUCUUCUCAUAUAGUAGAUCUUAAAAUAAUUUAUAUAUUUUAUAAAAAUAUUUUGAUGCAGAAAAAUUGAAAUCAUGUAAUUAUAUACAUUUAUAAAUUAUAUAAAUUAAGAUCUAGUAAAAUUGAAUUGUCUUCAACAUAGACGAGUGAAUGUAGUGUGUUACAUGAUAUUCUUUGGUUAAGAGUUUGGUAACAUAUGUUGUAGUAUUGCAUGUAUUCUUAGGGUUAGAUUUUGGAAGCUUAACUUUUUUUUGAAAAAUUAAAUUUAGACUUAUAUGUGUUUAGUUUUGUGUAUAUUAAACACUUUUAAAGUUGAUUUUAAGUUUUAUGAGGUGUUUGUUUCUAGUUAGUUGGUUAUUUUGAGUUUAGGGUUUAAGUGACUUAAGUCUUCCAACAAAUAGUAAACUAGAAGACUUCCGCAGAAGUCUUAUGGGUGAAUAAUAAAUUUAGGGUCUAGAAUACUUUCAAGUAAUUUUUUUUUAGGAAUUCUUCUAUUAGAAGACUUACUUGAAAGUCUUCAGAAUCAAAAAUAUGUAAUCUUAUUGGAAUUUUUGUUUCAAUAUAUAAAGAAAAUUUAAAUAUUUUUUCUCUUCCUCUCAAAUGGCUGCAACAAAAAUGUAAUGUUUCUCAUUCUAAAAAUCUUCAAUCUCUCUCUAAUCUCCUUGAACUUAAAAAAAAAACUUUAUAACAAUUUAUCAUUUUUAUCUCAUGUCUUUCUCACUGAUUUAUUUUGUUUUUACGGGUUUUUCAUUACAUGGUUCUCAUCUUCUGCUUAUUUAAAGGUAUAGCUCUUACCUUUUGAAAUUUUUUUUUGUUGUUUUAAGUUAUUAUCUUAUUUUUGAAAAUUUUCAAUAUUUGAAGUCAUUUGAAUACUUUUUGAUAUGCAGGUUUUUCAUAUCUGAGACAGACUUGGGAUACUUUACAAGGAAGUCUUCUCGGAAGUUUCCUAACAUUUAAUGCACUAGAAGACUUCUAAUUCAGAUGGACUCUUCUCCCAUGUCAAGUGGAGUCCAAGUUUGUCUUUGUGGAGGAAUGGUCUAAAAUAGUUUUGUUUAUUGUCUGCCUUGUGAUUUAUAGGUUUACUCUUUUAGUUGUAAAUUUUUUUAAUAAACUUGAAGAGAUAUAAAUGAAUUUAUUUUGGUAUUUAUGUUCAUGUCUACAAUAUUAUCUUGCCAAAAGUACAUUAUUGAAGUUAUUCAUACAACUUCAAUAGCAAAACACAAUAACACAAAAAUUAGUCAAAUUUGCUACAAUUAAGGAAGAGACUCUUCAAGCAAACAUAGUCAAAUUCACAAAACAUCAAGCAUUAUUUAAGUUCAAACAUAUAACAGUUUCACUAGAAGUCUUCUGGGAAGUCUUGUCGGAAGACUUCUCGGAAGACUAAAAUUUCAAGUGGGAGACUUAAAUUUUAAGUGAAAAUUGAAAUUUCAACUUUCAUAAAAGUUAAAAAGUAUAUCUUAUGAUCUAAGAAGACACAUUAAAUCAUAUGACUUGAUAUUCUUGAAGUUACUUAAAACUUUUGAAAGUUAAAAAAAACAUAUCUUAAAGUUACUUAACAAGUUUACAAAAACUAAUGUAGAAGACUUACGUGUAGAAGACUUCCACGAAAGUCUUCUCUUAUUAGCUAGAAACUUUAAUAAACAUGAAUGUUAUUAACCUCAUAAUUAUCACCAAAUAAGUUAUCAGUUUCACUCAGUCGGCUCAAUAUUGACAAAUAUACAUGAAUUAACAAGAAAAUGUUAAAAAGUCUUUAUAGUUUUAGAGAAAAUGAAAGUUUAUUAAACAUUGACAUAGAAAACUUCCAUAGAAGUGAUCCAUUUAGGUUCUUUUUGAAAAUGAAAAUUUAUAAAGGAAGAUUUCAAGGGAAGUCUACUCUACAGCAGACUUCUUUGAAGUCUUCCUUUGUAAAUAUUGGCUUACUUUUGUUUUUUAAAAAAAUCUCGAAAAUACCAGAGAAGAUUUCCAUGUAAGUCUACUUCUAAGAUAAACAUGUUAGAUUUUCAAUUGACCGAAAUUUGUCAUAAGUUUGACUUUUUCUAGAAGACGUACAUGGAAGUCUUCUAGCAAAAAUAAAAUAUUAAGUUUUAUUUUUCAGGUGUAAAACUUCCAUGUAAGUCUUCUCAGGUUACUUUUGCAAUUGAAAAAUAAAACUUUAACAUUUAAUUUUUACUAGAAGAAUUCUAUGUAAUUCUUCUGCCGGAAGACUUACACAAAAGUCUUCUGUUAUAACCAAAAGUUUGACCAGAAUCUCGGAAUAAAACUCUGGAAGACUUUUGUGUAAGUCUUAUCUCGGAAAAUUUACAUGGAAGUCUUAUAAAUAAAAUUAAAUAUUUAAGUGUUAUUUUUUAAUUGCAAAACUAACCUAAAACGACUUACACUGACAGUGAUAUGACUUCCACCAACAGUUCGGAAGACUUCUUCGGAAGUCUUCUAGAAAGAGUCAAAUUUCUAACACAAUUCGGUUAAUUGCAAAACUAACAUGCUUAUCCGAGAAGAUUUACAUGCAAGUCUUAUCUGGUAUUUUCGAGAUUUUUUGUUAACAAGGAAAAUUUGGAAGACUUAUAGGGAAGUCUUCUCUAAAAAACAGACAUAAAGUCAAUUGCAAAACUAACAUUUGCAUUGACCAAAAGACUUCUGUAUAAGUCUUCUAGUUGUAGAAAACUUACACGAAAGUCUUAUAAUGAACAGAUUUGGAAAAAAAAUCAAAAAUCAUUGUUAGAUCCAAUGAGGUUCAUGUUUAGCUUUUCCAAGCACACAUCACUUCUUAAUGAAAGUUACUCACUCGUAUUUGACCAAGAAUCAUGAACUUUGGUAACUCUAGUAAGCUUAUAAAUUUUUGAAAUAAAAGUUGGAAUUUUAGGAUGAAAUAAAAGAGGAAGUGAAAGGAAAUGGUUUGUGUGUGUAAGAAAUAAUAGUAUGAAGAUGUAGAUGUUGAUUUUAAGUGCAUUUAGAGCUUGAAAUUGUUUGUUCAUGGUGAAUGAUGUAUUGAUGACAAUGACAAUGUUGUAAAAAAAAGUAAGAUGAAGAUGACUGAGUCAAACAAACAUUUUCGGAAUUUUUUUUAAAAAAGUAACGGUAUUUUUGUGAAUAAUCUAAAAUUUUGGGGUGAAUAUGGGAAAUGAAAAUUCUAAAAUAUCAGGAAUGUUUUGUGUUUGACUUUGAGUUAUGAGUCAUUUUUGCAAUAAAAACCCUUCUAGUUUUCAUUUUUUCGUUACAUUUUCUAAUGUAUUCUAUUCAAAAUAAAACUAUUACUUCGUACCAUUUAGAAUUUCAGAUUUUUAUAAUAGUUAAUCUACUAAAAACAUUUUUACAAAGUUGAUUUGGUCGAUAUAUAGUUGUUUGGAAGCCUGUCCAACUAAUAAAUACUACUAUUAAAUAACUGGAAGAAAUAGCAAAAAAUAGUGAUGAAAAUUCCACCGCUAUGCAUAAUGGCAACUGUCUGAUUGUAUUAUUAAAUGUUUUAUAGAAGUCUUUUGAGAACUCUUCUAAAGUCUGAAUCAGAUCUGAAAAUACAUGCAUAUUCAAAAAUAUUAAAUAGCAUAAAAAAGGAAAAAAAUUCAAAAUACUUUUUUAUGCUUAAAUAAUAAAUAAAAUAGUCACAUUAGGUCGAAUAUACAACUUUUAAAAUUUAACAUAUAAAAUACACCAAAAUACAUAUUAAAAAUUUAUAGAUCACCUUUAAAAGAAAAAAAGAUGAGAACCUUGUAAUGAAAAUUCUGCAAAAACAAGAUAAAUUAGUUAGAAAACUAAGAAAUUAAUAUAAAAUUUGGUGUUUUCAUGUUCAAAUAGAUUAGAAAGAAAUUGUAGAGUUUUAAAGUGAAAAAUAUUAAAUUUUGUUGGAGUCAUCUGAGAGGAAAAAAAAGAAUGUAUAAAUUUUUUAUAUAUAUAUGAAGACAAAAAUUCCAAUUAGAUUAAAUAUUAUCGAUGAGAGAAGACUUCCCAAGAAAAAUUUUAGACCUUGAAAUCAAAUAACUAACUAAAUAGCAAAAAAGAAAACACUUCAUUAAACCUAAAAUCAACUUUUAAACUGUUUAAUACACAAAACUAAACUCAUAUAUGUCAAAUUUAAUCGUUUUUCUUUAAGUUAAGAUUUCAACAUCUAACCCUAUAAAUACCAACAAUACUAUAGCAUAUAUGUUACCAAACUCUACACCAAUGACUAUCAUGAAUCAGUCUACAUUCAUUCAUCUGUGUUGAAAAUAAUCUAAUUUUAGUAAAAGUAAAUUUACAUCGUUUAGAAAUAUUUAGAUUUACAUGAUUUAGAUAUUUUCCCUAUCAAAUACAUUUUAUAAAUUACAUUUAAGAUCUAAUACACGAGAACACUUCUGGAAUACUUCACUUUAGAUGGAAAACCUAAAUUUUACUAAAAUUCAGACAUAAAACCUAAAUUCUAGCACAAUUUAGGCAUGACCAUUUCAAAAGAUUUUUUGGGAAGUCUUCCAAACCCUAAACUAAUCAAAUAAUUAACUAAAUAGAAAAAAAAUUCAUUAAACUUAAUAUCUACUUAAAAAGUGUUUAAUAUACACAAAACUAAAUAUAUGCAUGUCAUUUUUUAAAAUUAUGAUACCAAAAUCUAACCCUAAAUACAAACAAUACUAUAACAUAUGUUACCAAACCUAAACCAAAAACUAUCAUAACUUAAUCUACAUUCACUCAUCUGUGUUGAAAACAAUUCAAUUAAAUUAAAUAUAAUUUACAUCAUUUUGAAAUGUUUGUAAUUACGUGAUUUGAAUUUUUUUACCUCAAAUAUUUUUUAUAAAAAUAAUAAAUUAUUUUAAAGAUCUAACGUACGAGAAGGCUUACAAAAAAGUCUUCUCAGAGAUCUCCAGUGUAAGGUUACAGUGGUAAAACUAAAUACAUAUUUUUUGUUCGGUCACAAAAGAGAUGUGUAAUUUCACUAGUCAUUUGGGUUAAUUUUGCAUUUGAUUGAAUUUGGGGUACACUUUUGUAUUUAAAAUCAAGUUUUGAAUCAUUUUUGGCAAAUUUCCCUAAAUUGUACUGAUGUAACUUUAUAAAAUAUUUUUAUUUACUAUGAAAUAAAGCUCUUUACAACUAUUUUUUACUGUAAGAUUUUUUUUUUAAAACAGAAAAAUUAAUUUAAAUCCAUUAAAACCAAAUCUAGAUCUAAAUAUCUUGAUUUUAAAUCUGGAUAUCCAAACAUAGAUCCGUAUUUUUACAAUGUAUUAAAUUUUUAAUUAUAUUAAUAAUUAUAUUUGAUAUAGAAAUAUUUUUACAUAAAAUUAACCUUCUAUGACUAUAUUUUAAUUUUUAUAAUAUUAUAUAUAUAUAUAAAUCUUGUAUAAUAUUUAAUUUAUGCAUUACUUUUAGAAUUUUAAUAUUUUAAAUAUAUAUAUAUAUAUAGAUUUUUUUUUUAACUAUCCCCUAUACUAUAUUUGUGAAGUGAAUUUGCCACAUGUCCUUUUUACAAUCAAUUUCACAAAACAAAUAUGAGAUGACUACUGAAAUUGAUGACAUGUCUUAUAACUUAAUAUGACAUGGAUAAUUGCAUUUAAUGUUAAUUUAUAUUUUUGGUAAACUUUUUAAAAUAUGGUAAUAACUCAUAUAUUACAUUUAAUGUCAAUUUAUAUUUUUGAUUUUUUUUUUAGAAUAU